CACACUCGAUGGCUGUUGCGGGACAAAGUGAGCGACAAAGAGGCAGGUCGCCGUGAGAUGAGAACAGAUGACGGAUGGCCGGAAGGCCUCAGUCACUCCUGAUCACGUCGGGCGGCGCGCGGCUCCGCUCUCUCCAGAAUGCUUCUCGACCCUUUUGACCUUCACGUCGUUGCAAUCGGCCGGUCGGCCGACGGCUCUUUUGGAGAAGUUGACGGUCAACUGGCUCGUUCAUGAUGGUUGAAAAGUGCAUUUUAAAAAACGCAAUCAAAUGAGAAUGUGAAUAUCAUGAUUUGGAUCGACUGGAAGUCGGGCAACUGCGAAUCCCCAGCACAUAAUGUUUUGGCAAAGCUUGGACGGCGGAUGUUCUUCCUGUGCCGCGAGCCGCCGCAUUUAGCAUCGGCGAUUUGGAACGGGGGUCUGUUUUUGACGAUGACGAUGAUCAUGGUGCCGUAGGACAUUUUGACAAUGGCUUCCACAAACGCGCCGGCCGGAGCGGAGAACGACAAAGCGAGUAAGGGGGAGUCAAGCGGCGGCAGGAACUUGGUCCUGCGAGCAGGCAGCACAGCCUCCGGGGCCAUGCCCAACUCAGGCAAAAGCAUUGCAGAGUCCCCGCCCCCCACAAGAAGGCUGAGCUUUAGUGGGAUGUUCAGGUCGGCCUCCAGAGAAUCUAACCAGCAAAUGUCCCCCAUUGCCAACAAACUCUUCUCACGCAACAAGAGGAGCAAAUCCAGAGCUUUCUCCGUUGCCUCUUUUUCCAUCUGCUUGGUUCCUCCCGGUGCCGGCCGCGGUGCGGGCCAGCAUUCAGCUUGUCGUGCGCCCCCCCUCAGCCGCCCCCUCCUCCUCCUGCUCCUCUCCAGGGCCCCCGCGGCCCGGGGCAGGUGGGCGCCUUCCGCCUCGAGACGUACGCCAGCGAGCCCAGACGUCUGCGAUCCUUCUCGUCGCCUCCAGACGCGGCGCGGGCCUCGUCGCCGUCAGCCUCCGCGUUCGCCGGUCCGACACCUUUGGCCCCGCCUCUUGCUGUCGGCGGCCGGGACAGCGUUGCAUCGGUGCGAGCGGCUGACUUUGGGUCCACCCCGGAGUAGUCGCCGGCCAAGGGCGGCGCGCGCGUCGACCAAAUUGUCAGAAACGAACGGACCGACGUGUUUUUGAAACGCGGGAG